AUGACGUCUGCUCACUCCGAGCUCAACUGUUACACGGUCUUGGAUAUCCCCGAAAAAUCUACCGUGGACGAAAUUAAUGCCGCUUACAAAAGACUGGUAUUGAUCCAUCAUCCGGAUAAGACUCGCGGAGACGAAGCCUCGAUCUUGCUAUUCCAUCAGAUCCAGCAAGCAGUAGAGGUCCUCCGUGAUCCUGAGAGUCGUUCUCGUCAUGACGAAGCGCUACGUUCUCGUUCUCGCAUCACAAACCGCAAUGUGAGCACGGGCAAUCGGCGUUACUUUCCCGCAGAUGACCGGCGCAACUGGUCUCAAGAUGAACGGCCUUGGUCAGCAACCCCUCGCAAGACCUGGAACUUUAACGAUCCUUGGGAAAGAUACCUUUACACAUACGGUACUGGUGUGCAUAUGGAUCCAAAUUCAGAGGUUUCACGCGCAGAGCGGGCUAGACAUGCACAUGAUAUCGAAGACUGGGAGAGAAGAUAUGCAGGGUUUGAUCCUGACCUUGAAAGAAUGAUGAGGGAUAUUGAAAAUCAAGGAACGGAAGCUGUGCAACGGCCAAAAGAGAUGACGGAAAACAACAGCCCAACUGAGGAAGCGAAGAAAGCAAACGAAUACAUGAAAAGUAAAGAAGCGGGGGAUCCACGGCAAACCAAUGAAAAACUUGGAAAACAAAGCACAAUCGGGCACAGGACUGAUGGAAUUAGGCCUGGUGUCAUGAUUGACCUAAUGACUGAUAUGCCAAGUACGCCAAUCCCGUUCUACCCCGGUGUGGUUGAUGACUGUCUCAUCGAUCUCAGUGAUUCGGAGCAACCCUCUGCUAAUAGGGGCCACGCAAUUUCAAAAGAACACGGUCACGUUGAUACCAAUUCCUCCUCUCACAACAAUGAAACACCGACGCGUGAAGAUGUGGUGAAGACUAUUACGGAGAAGAACGCAGCUGAAAUCCUUCAGCCCUUCGUACCUUUCUUCUCAGAGAAAUUCAAGAAGUACAGCUCUCUGUACUCGGCUAGGGACAUGCGGGAAGAAAUGCAAGGCCUGAUUCUUGAGACUUACAGCAGUUCACUUGAGACGAUUGUUCAACAUUCCCUUGCUAAUACACAACCAUCGAAAGCAACAGGUCGCCAGCCAUGCUCUUCGCAUUUUGGCGCGUGGGAAAGAACCUCCGGAGCUCUCCAGUGUCCAAAGUGUCAAUUAUGCAUGCCUGUUUUUUCCCUGACCUGCCCAGGUUGUGGUAGGACGGCGUGUAUCCGCUGCAAAUUUUCCGGUGGUACAUCUUGA